AUGUCAUUUAUUAACAUAUAUUUAUUCAUUCUUUUCUUCCUUUCCUUUUACUCACAAUAUUGUUCUUUAUUUAUCUUUUCUUUCGUUUUCUUUAUUUUUUCUUUCUUUAUCAUUCUUUCCUUUUUCUUUCUGUUUUUUUUUUCUGUUGUGUUUUUUGUUCUUUCUUUCUUUCCUUCUUUUUCCUUUCUUUUUCUCCUUCUUUCUUUCUUUUUUCUUUCUUUCUUUUUCUUUCUUUUUCUUUUCUAUUUUCUUUCGUUUUUUCUUUUCCUAUCCUCUUCCGCCUCAUCUGCUAUCCUCUUCCGCCUCACCUGCUAUCCUCUUCCGUCUCUCGUCUGCUAUUUUCUUUCCACCUCACCUGCUAUCCUCUUCCGGCUCACCUGCUAUUCUCUUCCGCCUCAUCUCUUCCGCCUCACCAGCUAUCCUCUUCCGCCUCAUCUGCUAUUCUCUUCCACCUCACUGCUAUCCUCUUCCGUCUCAAUUUUAUCCUCUUCCGCCUCACUUGCUAUUCUCCUCUUCCGCCUCACCUGCUAUCCUCUUCCGCCUCACCUGCUAUCCUCUUCCGCCUCACCUGCUAUUCUCUUCCCGCCUCACCAGCUAUCCUCUUCCGCCCUCACCUGCCUGCUAUCCUCUUCCGCCUCACCUGCUGUUCUUUCCGGCCUCACCUGCUAUUCUUCCGCCCUCUUCCGCCUCACCAAUCCUCUUCCGCCUCGUCUGCUAUCUUCUUCCGACUCACCUGUCCUCUUCCGCUAUCCUCUUCCGCCUCACCAGCUAUCCUCUUCCGCCUCACCUGCUAUCCUCUUCCGCCUCGUCUGCUCCUGCUAUUUUCUUCCUGCUAUCCUCUUCUGCCUGCUAUUCUCUUCCGCCUCACCUGCUAUUCUCUUCCGCCUCACCAGCUAUCCUCUUCCGCCUCACCAGCUAUCCUCUUCCGCCUCACCAGCUAUCCUCUUCCGCCUCACCUGCUAUCCUCUUCCGCCUCGUCUGCUAUUCUCUUCCGCCUCACCUGCUAUUCUCUUCCGCCUCACCUGCUAUUCUCUUCCGCCUCCUCUAUUCUCUUCCCCCUCAUUCCUCUUCCGCCUCACCUGCUAUCCUCUUCCGCCUCACCUGCUAUCCUCUUCCGCCUCGUCUGCUAUUUUCUUCCGUCUCACCUGCUAUCAGUCUCCCAUCUCAACUAUCCUCUUCCGUUCAAUUGCUAGCCUCUUCCUCUUUUUGCUAUCCUCUUCCGCCUCACCUGCUAUCCUCUUCCGCCUCUCUCUUCCGCCUCAUUUCUUCCUCUUCCACCUCAUCUGCUAUCCUCUUCCGUCUCAAUUGCUAUCCUUCUCGUCUGCCUCACUUGCUAUCCUCUUCUGCCUCACUUGCUAUCCUCUUCCGCCUCACCAGCUAUCCUCUUCCGCCUCAUCUGCUAUUCUCUUCCGCCUCACCUGCUAUUCUCUUCCGCCUCACCUGCUAUUCUCUUCCACCGCACCUUUGAGGCGCGCCGCACCCUUCUCCUUCUUCUUCUUCUUCUUCUUCUUUCUCGCCUUCUUUUUCGUCUUCUUCGUCGGCGUCGUCUUCUUCGUCUUCCUCUUCUUAGUUGUCUCCGUCGUCGUCGUUGUCCUCUUCUUCUUUUUCGUCUUCUUCCUCUUCUCCUUCUUCUUCGUCUUCUUCUUCUUCUUGGUCGUUGUCCUCGUUUUCCUCUUCUUCUUCGUCUCCCUCUUCUUCUUCGUCUCCCUCUUCUUCUUCUUCUUCGUCGUCGUCGUCGUCGUGGUUUUCGUCUUCCUCGUCAUCUUCUGUUUCGUUUUUUCUUCUUCUUCUUCUUCUUCUUCUUCUUCUUCUUCUUCUUCUUCUUCUUCUUCUUCUUCUUCGUCAUCUUCUUCUUCGUCUUCUUCUGUUUCGUCUUCUUCUUCGUUGUCGUCGUCGUCGUCUUCUUCUUCUUCGUCUUCGUCUUCUUCUUCUUCGUCUUCGUCGUCGUGCUUCUAUCUAUCUAUCUAUCUCAACCUCUUCAUAUAUAUCUGUCUGUCUAUCUAUCUGUCUAUCAUUUUCAGUAUGUUGAUAUCUAUCUAUCUAUCUAUCUAUCUAUCUAUCUAUCUAUCUAUCUAUCUCAGUCUCUUCAUAUCUAUCUGCCUUUCUCAACAAAUCUAUCUAUCUAUCUAUCUAUCUAUCUAUCUAUCUAUCUAUCUAUCUAUCUAUCUAUCUCUCUCUCUCUCUCUAUAUAUAUAUAUAUAUAUAUAUAUAUAUGAAUCUUCACGCAUCUAUCUAUCUAUCUAUCUAUCUAUCUAUCUAUCUAUCUAUCUAUCUAUCUAUCUAUCUAUUCUUCUUCGUAUCUAUAUAUCUGUCUCUGUAUGCUUCUUCGUAUCUAUAUAUAUAUAUAUAUAUAUAUAUAUAUAUAUAUAUAUAUAUAUAUAUAUAUAUAUAUAUUCUUCUUUUGUAUCUAUCCAUCUAUAUAUCGAUGCUUCUAUCCAUCUAUUCUUGUUCGCAUUAUCUAUCUAUAUAUCUAUUCAUGCUUGUUUUUUAUUUAUCUAUUCUUGUUUAAUCUAUCUCUAUCUAUCUAUCUAUCUAUCUAUCUAUCUAUCUAUCUAUCUAUCUAUCUAUCUAUCUAUACUUGUUCGUAUCUAUCUAUCUAUCUAUCUAUCUAUCUAUCUAAAUCUAUCUAUCUAUCUAUCUAUCUAUCUAUCUAUCUAUCUAUCUAUCUAUCUCUGCUUGUUCGCACUGUCUAUCUAUAUAUCUAUUCUUGUUCAUUAUCUAUCUAUCUAUCUAUCUAUCUAUCUAUCAAUCUAUCUAUCUAUCUAUCUAUCUAUUCUUCUUCGUAUCUAUAUAUCUGUCUCUGUAUGCUUCUUCGUAUCUAUCUAUCUAUCUAUCUAUCUAUCUAUCUAUCUAUCUAUCUAUCUAUCUAUAUAUAUAUAUAUAUAUAUAUAUAUAUAUAUUCUUCUUUGUAUCUAUCCCAUCUAUAUAUCGAUGCUUCUAUCCAUCUAUUCUUGUUCGCAUUAUCUAUCUAUAUAUCUAUCUAUGCUUGUUUGUAUUUAUCUAUUCUUGUACGAAUCUAUCUAUCUAUCUAUCUAUACUUGUUCGUAUCUAUCUAUCUAUAUAUAUAUCUAUCUAUCUAUCUAUCUAAUUCCAUUUCUAUUCUCUCUAUUUAUUCGUCUCUUUCAUCCUCACUCUCUCUCACUCUCUCUCCCGCCCUCUUUCAAGAUCUAUCUAUCUAUCUAUCUAUCUAUCUAUCUAUCUAUCUAUCUAUCUUUUUUCACCUGA